GCUCGAUCAGUGUGCUGUUGUGGGUGUAGAAAUUUCCGCUUCCUGCUUCAAUAAACAUUUCAGAUCUCAGACUAAAGUUGAAAAACAGCUUGUUUGGGGAUUCUAGAAGAGCGGAGAUUCACGGUACCGUGUCAGUAAUUACACGGCCAGUCAAGGUAGGAACGAAAUUGGCCAGACAGCUAGUUAGUCCCUGCAAGGAUUGGAUUAGCAAACACUUAGCUAGCUCUUCUGCUAGCAAAAGAGCUACACAAAACGUAUUUUCAUGAUAGCUGCCAAUAUCUAUCAGCAGCGCCAAGAGCUAGCUAUCCAAGAACUAGGAAGAGUUAUCGGUUACGGUUUAAAAUCCCGUAUCUACCUCCAGUAUGUCGGAGCGAGGAGGGCUCCCGCGGGCUGGAGGCGCUCCAUCUCCGCACAUGCAGCCCUCCAAACCGGUGCCGAUCACGUCGAGCCGCCCGGUACAGAUGAACCUGUUUGCUACGUGGGAAGUGGAUCGCUCCUCGCCAAGCUGUGUACCCAGGCUCUUUAACCUGACUCUGAAGAAGCUGGUGAUGUUGAAGGAGUUGGACAGAGACCUGACCUCAGUGGUCAUCGCUGUGAAGCUCCAGGGGUCCAAGCGUAUCCUGCGCUCCAAUGAGAUCCUGCUCUCCUCAGCUGGACUGACAGAGACGGACUUGCAGCUCACCUUCUCCCUGCAGUACCCCCAUUUCCUGAAGAGAGACGCCAACCGGCUCCAGAUCAUGCUGCAGCGCAGGAAGAGGUACAAGAACCGCACCAUCCUGGGGUACAAGACACUCGCCCUGGUCAUCAACAUGGCGGAGGUGAUGCAACACCCUAGCGAGGGGGCCCAGGUGCUGGGGCUCCACAGCCAGGUGAAGGACGCCUCAGUCCCGGUGGCAGAGGUGCGUGUGUACUCCCUCUCCAGCCAGCCCAUCGACCACGAGGGCCCCAAGGCCAAGAUGUCCGAUCGCUCCCCGGACAUUGAUAACUACUCGGAGGAAGAGGAGGAGAGUUACUCUUCGGAGCAGGAGGGCAGUGACGACCCCGCCCACAGCCAGUACCUGUUUGAUGAAGAUGAUGAAGUGAGGAAGAAGAAACCGCGGCGCAAACUGCCCUCCAACGCGGCCAUCACACGACAACCCAACAUCAAGCAGAAAUUUGUGGCUUUGCUGAAGAGGUUCAAGGUUUCUGAUGAGGUGGGGUUCGGGCUGGAGCACGUAUCCCGGGAGCAGAUCCAGGAGGUGGAGGAGGACCUGGACGACCUGUACGACAGCCUGGAGCUCUACAACCCCAGCGACAGCGGGCCUGAGAUGGAGGAGACCGACAGCAUCCUGAGCACGCCCAAGCCCAAACUCAGGCCAUUCUUUGAGGGCAUGUCCCAGUCCAGCUCCCAGACGGAGUUCGGGAGCCUGAACAGCAAAGGCAGCCGGGACCCCUUCAGCCCUCAGGGGGAGCUGCCGCCCUCAGACAGAAUGAAGCACUCGCGCAGUCGCAACCUGGACGACCCUCUGUCAGAGACGGACACUCUGGAGCUGGGUGAGGAUGUUUUGGGGGAAGUGGGGCCCUGUAUCACUGUGUCUGCAGAGAAGCACCGCCCCCCACCGAAGACAGAGAAGAGUGAGAGAGAGAGAGAGCCCUCCCCCAGGCUGGAUGGAGGGCAGACCCCGCGGCAGAAGCGCAGUACCCCGCUGAAGGAGCGGCAGCUCUCCAAGCCUCAGAGUGAGAGAGGCAACAGCUCCGACGGAGAGAAGUCCCCCGAGCUCGCUCAGUCCGCUCCGGUCAUGCGGAAGGCGGUGUACGACCAGCUGAACCAGGUGCUUCUGGCUGACUCCGCCCUCCCCGAAUGUCUCAUCGUGGUCAACGGCACGGACUGGCAGGGCCAGUACGUAGCGGAUUUGCUGCAGGCCCAGAAGCAGCCGGUUGUGUGCACCUGCUCGGGGACGGAGAUUCAGACGGUGCUCAACGCAAUCCUCACACGCAUCCAGAAGUUCUGUAACUGUAACUCGUCAAUGCCCCGGCCGGUGAAGGUGGCAGCAGUGGGCGGGCAGAGCUACCUGGGGGCCAUUUUGCAGUUCUUCGUCACCCAGCUGGCAAACAAGACAUCUGAUUGGUUGGGUCACAUGAGGUUCCUGGUGGUGCCAUUGGGUUCUCACCCAGUGGCCAAGCACUUGGGCACUCUCGACAACCGCUACAGUGCAGCCUUCUUGGACAGCACCUGGAGGGACCUCUUCAGCCGGACCGAACCCCCGCAGUCAGAUGCCCUGGAUGUGGCGGGCCGGAUCUCUCAGUACAUCAGCGGGGCUACGCUCACCCACCAGGUGCCCAUCGCUGAAGCCAUGCUGACCUGCAAACACCGCACGCAUGAUGAGGACUCCUACCAGAAGUUCAUUCCUUUCAUUGGGGUGGUGAAGGUGGGGUUUAUCGAACCCGGGCCUGCGUCAGCAGGUGUGGACCCGGAAGAGGGUGUGGCUGUCAACUUGGCCGUCCCCUCCACGUCCCCGCCCACGCACGGAUCUCCGGCGGGGUUGGCUAAAGAAGUGGCCACCCCGCCCUCCUCACCCUCCAUGAGCUCAGUAUUGGCUGGACAGGGCAGCCCCGGCGCGUCCCCCGGGAUGGACGCCAUCGGCCUGCAGGUGGACUACUGGCUGGCCUCGCCGGCGGAGAGGAAGCGGGAGGGCGAGCGGCGCGACGCGGCCUGCAAGAACACGCUGAAGAGCGCCUUCCGCUCGCUGCAGGUCACGCGGCUGCCAGGAGGGGGCGGCGGCGAGCUGCAGGCGCAGGGCAACACCAUGGCCAUGACCGUGGUCACCAAGGAGAAGAACAAGAAGGGCGUGCCCACCAUAUUCCUGGGGAAGAAGCUGAAGGAGAAGGAUGUGGACUCUAAGAGCCAGGUCAUCGAGGGCAUCAGCCGACUCAUCUGCUCCGCAAAGCAGCAGCAGACCAUCCUGAAAGUGUCCAUAGACGGGGUGGAUUGGAAUGAUGUAAAGUUUUUCCAGCUUGCUGCUCAGUGGCCUACCCAUGUGAAGUACUUCCCUGUGGGACUGUUCGGCUACAGUAAACCCCCCUCCUAGGACCCACCUCCUCCAUCCUCACCUCUGCCCACCCAUUGCACACAGCCCCUGUCUAUCAGAGCUCUGUGAUAUCCCUGCUGACCAAUCAGAACAGGACUGACCAAGGGAGGCAGGCCUCUCAUACAUAUAUAUUUUUUUGUUUUGUUUUGUUGACGUCGGUUUUAUUUGUGUAUGUGUGUGUGUGUGUGUGUGUGUGUGUGCGCGUGCGCGCGUACAUGUGUUUGUAAGCAUGGAUGGGAUUUACAGCACAAAGUAAGUAAAGUGAUGCCCUUCACUGUCUUAACCAGCAGAAAAGACGUUGGAUU